UCAUCGCACUUUUUGCGCAAUAUCAUUCAAUAUCAGUUCAUCAUCCAUUCCGAACGGAUCGUAUAGUGCAGCAAAAUGGCACAAAGUGUACCCUUUUCCAAGGAAAUGCGUCGAGCCACGAGAGACAUCCACAGUGUUAGUGAUGCACUUGUUAACGCGAAAUUAGCAUUUGCACUAUACGACAAUCGUGUAUGGGCGGAAGGUUUGCUUAUCUUCUACGACGUUUUUAAACAUCUCGAGCAACGCGUUCCACAUGAUUUCCUACCCCCGGAACUACAUCGGACGGUACAAUUCGAACAGGAUUUACGCUUCUAUCUCGGCGAAGGAUGGAUGGAACGUCACACACCAAAGCCAGAAGUGCGUGCCUACCUGAACCAUUUGCACGAAAUCGAACAGGAAAAUGCAAACCUUCUGCUGGCGUACGUGUACCACCUAUACAUGGGUCUCCUGUCUGGUGGUCAAAUAUUACAAAAGCGUCGUUCCCUGGGGCGUAGGAUUAACCCAUUCCGACGUACAGAUGAACAUCAGGUGGACGGAGCAGCUCUUACAACGUUCGAGGAUAACAGUAUUUACGAGUUGAAGCAACGUUUACGCAAAAUAGUAGACGAAUUUGGUGCCCGUUUAGAUGAGGAAACGCGUCAGCGCAUGUUAGACGAAAGCCGGAAAGUGUUCGAGCUAAACAACACCAUCAUCCGGACGGUUGAAGGUGUCGGUUCGGCAAACGUGCGUAUCGUUGCGUACGUUGCUAUGGCAAUCGCUGGCAUCGUGUUGAUGCAGUACAUUAUACGAAACAAUGCCGAAAACAGACAAGACCAAUAGACGCUGCUGGCGCUUACCACACUGGCAGGGCCAGCUAGUCGGCGGUACGCUUAGGAAUUAUAACAUCGAAAUAGACUCUAGAAGGGUACCAGGUCCGGACGGUGCGAACCCACCUUUUUGUUGUGCGCUUCCACUCAUAUUAACCCGAAGUAAUAGCACCCAAACAUUUUGCGAUUAUAGUAAUAUCGAAACCCCUCGCUCCUAAUAGUGGUCAAUACAACACGUGGUAGUACUGCUCUAACAGUACCAGCCCUGCAAAGGAAAA